AAUCUGCCAUUAAAUUUAAUCUUUUCUUUUUCAUAUGGGUAACCAAAGAAAAGAAAGUUGGAGGCACAAACUCUGGUCUUACGACCAUGAUCAUUGCUCUCUAAUGGUUUAGUUUGUCUACCAAGGAAUGUUCUUCAAAGUCUGGUUUUCUAGGCUCCUUUUCUCAGAGAUCUUUUCUUUCUUUCUGGAAAGCAGAACAAAACCUAUCUGAAUAUAAGGUAGUAACUCUCAUCUUCCAGGGUCUCAGACAAGAGCCUGCUUUGUCUCAGAAGAUUAAACUUGCAAACCAGACACUGUGAGAAACUAGGCAGGCUUUCAUCCCUCUUGUGUGCCUAGCUGAGUUCCUACACUCCUGAUCUGUAGAUCAUUGAUAUGAACAGCAUAUAAAAAAGGUUGUGGGCUUUUUUGCCUGACUCCCUAAGAAUCUCUCACUCCAGCUGAGUUAAUUUGCUGACUAAAACCAGUUCUUCUAAGAAUAGUAUAUCUUGGGUUCAUCACCUGAACUAUGUAAAUGAGGCUGAAUCCAAGUAUUCUUAAAAGGAAAGCUACUCUAGAUAAAGCUGUAUUUGGCCAGAGCCUGUCCACUAAGUCAGCAGGGCUGGCUCAUGCUGGUAGGAUGACGUGAGAGGCACAGGCUUUCACCACAAAAACUGAGUGCCUGAAGAAAGCUCCAGACUUGUAAAGCUGGUUUGCUUGUUUUGGUUUUUUUCUUUUAUAAGAAAGAUAUCCUAACGUGGUUCCAGAAUUAGGAUUGUGUACAUUAUUUUUAUGAACUAUCUUUUCUGAAAGUAUAAGAGAAUGUAGAAGCCUACAUGCCUUCCACCUUCCAAGAUUUUCACAGAUCAGCUGACAGUGAAUGUCUUAGGCAUUCUCUCUUUUUUCAGCAGCUUACUUCUUACACAAAGAUUGAGCAGUUAAAAAUGUAAAAUGAUAGGGUUUUAAAAUCUUUUUUUAUCUUGAAACUAAUGCAAAAUACCUGAAUGUGGUUGCUUUAGGUGUGAUGUUACACCUGUCCCUUUCUCCCCCUCCUGUUUUCUACACUGUCUCUGUUAUAAGGCCUCUUGCACUUGGUGGUGUUGAAAUUGCAGUCAGUAAGAUCUAGCAGUCUGCAGACGUGCAGAUCUGCUUUAUCCAUCUCCAAGAAGGAUGAAUUCAAAACUGUAGAGAGAGCUGCAAACAGCAUUGUGAGACAACUGUCCUGGUUCAGUGUAGCAAAACAGAGCUCAAGCAAGCCAAGCCUGAGUGCAUUUGAUGAAUGUUGCAAAUUGGUAAACAGCCAGGAGAGAACAUGGCUAAAGGACAAUGCUGGCACAAGUAGAAAGGAAUAAACAGUGGUUUGAAAUACAGUUGGAGUGGAAAUUAAAGGAAGCUUUCUAACAAUUAGAAUGGGUCUUUUCUUGAACAGAAUUUUAUUAGCAAUAGCAGGAAAAAAAAUGGAGCUGGUUAAAUCUGAAGUUUAUGAAAGAAUUUGUCUGAGUUGACCACCUGCGUCAGCACAACCAAUGAGUCCAAAAAAGUGACAAAAGACACCUUGUCUUGUCCUGUGUCCCAUGUUCCUGACUGACAGCUUCCUGGAUUUUGAUUAAUCAAGACACAGCUCUCUGCAUAGUCUGCAAAGGAAACUCACAAUCUGCAAAACUCUUACAGAAUUUAAUUGUGCAGGGAGUCAUCCUGUUGAAGACAACAAACAUACAUUAUUUCCAACUUUCAUUUUACAUAGUGUUUCUCCAAUAUGUUGUGUUCAUCCUCUGGGAGAAGGGUUUUUUGCAGUUGAUGGAGAUCAUACACUUGUGUUGCAGCACUGCUGGUUUUCUGUGAUGUAGCUCCAUGACACUGCUCAAGCUGUACAAACAAAAAGACAGUGCUGUAGGACAAAAUCCUUGGGUAGAAAAGCUCUGGCCUUCUGUUCCUUAGAAGUUCACAGAAGUAAAGAAAAAAUUAUUGUAUUUUACAACCCAUCUUCUGAAAGUAUGCCCAGGAUUUUCAUAGAUCGAUUUGGCCCAGAAUUUGCAAAAGGUCACACUUUUAGUUUGAAAAUAAUGAAUCUGAUUUUCUAGUGUGUGUGGCACACUGACAUCUCUCUGAAGUCUUUCUGAUUUGAUGAGUCCCCUCAAGAGCUGUUGUAACUGAGUACUUUGUAAAUCGGACCAUCACCCAUCACUUAGGUGUUAAUAUGAGAACAGAGUUUUGUUAAGAGUCUGGCCCCAAUCACAAUUUCUGGAAACAAGAAAAUCUGGUUUGAAAGUGAGAUUUCUUGAAAAUCUAUCCUUUGGAAAAUUUAUUCUAAACAUAAACAUAUUAUUGAUCCAAAUGCUUAAUGAGAAAUUAACAUUUGCUUUCCUGUUAAGGAAGUAAUUUAUAGGUGAGUGACUUUUACAGCAGUUAUUUCCCUCAAGGCAGCAGUGGAUAAAAUGUAUUCCUAUCUGGUGUGUUUUGGAGACCUUUUGUUAAAAGGUCAGUUUUUGAUGAACAGAUGUCUAAAUUAAGAAAAACAACAGCAAUAAAAGUGUUGCAGCUGGUCCUGAGGUACCUGGGGGAUUGGUUUGAACAAAUAGAUGGAUCUGAACUGAUUCAGAUGCCUCCUUGUUUUGGCAAAAGAAAGAGCAGGCAUAGAGACCAAGGGUCCAUAUUCAAGCAGAAUCAUGUUAGGGAGGUACAAUUACAACAUAAUUGUAUCUGUAGCCAUUUACAGACAUCAGACCAUCUCUGUCACUGUUCAAGAUCAAGCCCCUGUUGCAGUUAUUAGUUAUUUGUAUUACUACAGUGUUACUGUAUAUACCAGACAUUUAUUAUAGCAUCUUACAUAGAUGCAGAAAACCACAAAAAUUUUCCAAUAGACUUGCAGUAAAAGAAAGGACAUUAUGAUUACGCACUGGAAAACAAGAGGACACCAGACCAGGAUAAAAAGCACGAUACUGGCAGCCUAAAUAUUGUCAGCUUUGACAUCACAGCAGAGGGGAGUUUGAGGGAAAACAGUCAGUGAAUAUUCACAAAGCCUGAGGGUCAGCAGAGGAAAAGCAAUGAAAAGCAUCUGCUUCAAACUUGACUUGUCACUAUCAAAAUAUAAUGCUAUAAUGGAUUGGUCAGGUAGGAACUUGAAAUCUCUGUCUCAAGUAAAUGAGAAACUGUACUAUGGGCAAAAUCAGACUGAUAGGGAGAUAAAAAAAUGAAGCUAACAAAGCUAGAAAGAUGCCAGGAGGAACAAUAUGGUCAAAGACAGUAAUCUUCACCACAGAUUUCCUCCUGGCUGUGAGUAAAGAGAAGGUUCACUGGUAAUCAAGGGGCAGUCAAGACUGGAUGAGAGCUGUAACUAUCUGAGCAGUAGGAUUCAGCUGUGCAAGAGUCUGCCAGUCUUUGCUAGUGUUUGGAAUGAGGUACAUAACAGUAUGAAAAGAACUGUCUUAGACAAAGAUAGUGUUCCAGAUAUGGCAAGGCAUUUCUGUUACAUUCUACAUAAAUUGCCAGUUUUAAUCGCAGGUGAAGUGUGCGAGCAAGAACUUUGAUGUAAACGAAUUCCUCCAGCUUUGGUUUUCAUUUAUCGUUUUUAGUUAUUUGUCUAAAGAAAAAUUGAAAAUUAUCAGUUGUCACUAGGAUGUGUUCCUUUGCAACUAAAUACAACUUUAGCCUUGUAUUUUGUAUGUUUUUCCUGAUUCAGAAGAUAAAUUCUGAUAUACAUUAUUUAAUCAGUUAUAUAGUUUAGUGUAGAUUGACUGUAUUACUUUAGAAUAUGGUGAAUAGUGUAUUGCUCUUUCUAGGCUAUCAUUCUGUUUUUAACAUUUUCUCUACUUAUGACCUGAAACAAAACGCAAUGGUAUAUAAGUAAGCAAGUUUUAAAUUCUUUCUUACUAGUAAAUACAAUUUUAUCACUGUGGAUCUCUAGUUAAUACAUAUAGCAAAGAAUUGUUUACAGUUAUAAUUAUUUCUGAUCAUCAUGUCCUUCAGGAUCUUCAAACUACAAAAUCGUGUCUUCUCUUGCCAUGUUUGUUAUUAAUAGACUUAAAAUUUUAAAAUGUCCGGCUUUUUCAGAAUUAUAUCAGCAUUUCAACUUUUGAAUGAAGAAUUUCACAAGGAGACCCUUUUGCUGUAAAAGAGGUCAAAAUAUAACAGAUAAGCAUGUUGUUUUCUCCAUCUAAAGUCUUUCUAUGAGAAACAGAGAUGGUACAAGAAUCUGUGCUCAAAAGAAUUGGUUUGAAAGUUGUAAAGCGUUCCUAUGAGAUGGUUCUUUCAAAGCUUUAGCAAAAGUAUAUUAGUCUGUAAUAGGCUGGAAAUAAAGGAGGAAGACACUGGACUGUUAAUGAAGACAUAUGUGUGCAUGUUGCUUUUAAUAACUGCAGGUGAUGCAUUAGGUUUGUGUUAACAAGCUUGAAGCUUGAAGUUGGAAAAGUUUUGUUUCCGAGAGGAAGAAUGUCUUUGUUGUCUAGCAUAUUAUUUGUUUUUCAUCUACUAAUCUUAAAAUGUGUUGCUUAUCUCUUGGGAAUCUUUAACAUGGGAAAGAAGAGAGAUGAGAAUGUCCAUUUAAUGUGUGUUAAGAGUGAAGCUCUAAUAGGAAUAUAAUGCAAGAAAUAAAAUGGUUUUCUCUUAAGUGAUAGAGACUGUUAGAAGUCUUUGCAGUAUUUGCUUGUCUCCUUUCUUCCCCAGUCACAGUUUUCAUUAACAUGAAAACAAAGCCUAUAUGAUUCUGAAUGCUCUUGCUUCUACAAUAUCCUUUUUCAGAAAGGUUUGGGAAGGCUAUCUUGAGACAAAAUGAGCAUAGAAUUGGUUUAGUUGAAUAAAGAUUCCCAUAUGGGAACUUUAGCUCUUCUCACCUGGGAACACCAAGUUUUACAGCUGUAAUGAUUAUGUUGCAAAACUGAAUGUUGACUGUAAAUGACUCACCUACAUUAACAUUACAGCUGGCAUUAGGCAUGCACUUUUGAAAUUCAUAUCCUGGUCAUCCCCACUUACCCUUCUUUGGUUUGCAGGCUACAGACAAACCAGGGUUUUUUGGAUCAAACUAAGCUAAAAGAUGCAGUCAGGAACUUGUACUCCCUCUACCAUGAAUCAUGCAAUCUGCAGAACUAGCCUAAAGAAAGUCCAGUCUCCUGAAAUGUAGGCUGUGGAUAUUGGGUCCUCAGUGUGGAUAUUGAGUCCUCUUUCACUCUGCAGAGCCAUUCCUAUGGCACUGCACAGUGUAGAUAAAGACCAAAUUCCUGCUGACUAAUGAGCUCUAGACUCUUGAAAGUGCAGUUGUGUAACAGUACCCAAAGAACCUGCAGGAGAGGAGAGCAUUUCCAUGCCAAAUGAUAACCUAUCUUAUUUAGCUUCAUUUGUUUCUGAAGGGUAAAAAUACUUUGAGGAAGUUACCCAAAAUAAAGCUGCUAAGAGCAAACAAUGUGCAGCUCAGGCGAAUGGAUUGCUUCAGGGGAAGAUUGGGAAAAUUUGCACUGUGUUGCCUUUCAAGGCUGUGGCUGGGAGAAUGGCCUUAUUCACAUUCAGGUUCACAUGAAUCUGAGUUUUACAGACUGUUGAUCUUAGGGUGGAUAGGGUUGAAAAGAAGCUGAGGAGAUUUGUUAGAGAAGUAAAUAGCAUUCCCUUGUUUAGUUUGAAGCCAGCACUCUAGUUUGGGAUACUGAAUGUAAAGGCUGAUGUUUGGAGAGUAGAAUAGAAGUUCCAGAUAAAUAUUUUCCAUGAGAAGAUCCUGAGUUGAGGUGAACAGUGAUUUUCUUCUGAGGUAAUACUUCAUUAAGAGGCAGAAGAUGGAAGUCUCUCCUGAUUCCCAAGAGCUCAAGCAGCAGCAGUAGUCACUGUUGUGAGGCUUGCUGUUGAAUUUACAUGGUGUAUGUCUGUGUCAGUUGGCUUCUGUUCACUUUCUUAUCUGUAGAGAGCACUGGUCACUGCCCAGAAAUACUGACACCCCGUGCUCCACCACUACCUAAGCCUAAGCCUAAACCUAAAAAAGCUCCGCUACCACCAAAAAAUGCCAUUGCUGCUUCCACCACCACCACCAGCCAUAAGGGUAACGAAGCACCUCAUGCUAAAAAAAAGGGAAAGGCUCCUGCUAAGCAGCCUCCUCUCCCGCCGCCCAAGCCAACAGGUGCCAGUGCAAAUCGGGAAGCUGCUGGUUCCUCUCAUGCAAAAAAAGUACCAGUCUCCAAGUCUUCUUCAUCACCAUCUCCUUCAUCCACAUCAUCUCAUCCCAAAGCCUCUAAGGAAACUUCCAGCAAAUCUGGCGCAUCUGGGACUCCCAGGGGCAAGAAAAAACCUGGGAAACAGUCAGCCUCACGAACAGCACCAGAUGGGGCUGCUUCUUCCCCCUCAGGUGUGACAGCCGACAGUUUGGAAGCCAAGGCAGAAAAACCCAAGCCUGAGCAAACUUCCAUAGUAAUUUUUGAAAUGGAGAACGCAGACCAGCUUGUUGUGCCCCCUCCUCCCACUGCUGCCCCUCCUCCACCUCCACUUCCACCUCCUUUUCCUGCUGCAGCUAGUCAGCCUGCUGGCUCCUCAGAUGCCCAAGACGUGUCAGACAGCUGUGUGGCAGGGACACUCAGCCCUGGCUCAGACACAAAGCCUCCUCUCCAGACCGAGCGUGGCACAGACAAGAGUCUGAGCAGUGCCACCCUAGGCAGCGCUCCAGAUGCCGGAGGAGAAGACACGGAAAGCUUGGCUACCAAAGAAGACCAAGAAGGGGAGGCUCCAGAUGAAGCAUUCUCUGAACUAGUGGAGGAGGCUUCUGAUGCUGCUGCCCCUCCAGAGAGUGAGAGUAGCAGAGAGAGCCAUGGCAGUGACUCGGACUCGGAUGGGCCGAUCCUCUACACGGAUGAUGACGAUGAUGAUGAUGAUGAUGAUGAUGAUGAGAAUGCAAGUACUGAAAGCUCUUUGGCAAGUAAAAUUCGUCGUAGGGAUACUCUUGCUAUCAAACUUGGCAACAGACCAUCUAAGAAAGAGUUAGAAGACAAAAACAUCUUGCAGCGUACAUCCGAAGAGGAGAGGCAGGAAAUCAGACAUCAGAUUGGAACGAAGCUAGUGAGGAGACUUAGCCAGAGGCCCACAACUGAAGAGCUGGAGCAAAGAAAUAUCCUGAAGCAGAAGAAUGAAGAAGAGGAACAGGAAGCCAAAAGAGAAAUAAAACGUAGACUCAGUAGAAAGCUCAGUCUGAGGCCUACAGUGGCUGAACUUCAAGCAAGAAGAAUCCUUCGAUUUAACGAGUACGUGGAGGUCACGGAAUCUCCGGAUUACGACCGUCGCGCUGACAAGCCUUGGGCCAGGUUAACUCCUGCAGACAAGGCAGCAAUACGGAAAGAACUGAAUGAAUUUAAAAGCACAGAAAUGGAAGUACAUGAGGAAAGUCGGCAAUUUACCAGGUUUCAUCGUCCAUAACUGUUUGACCACAUCCCAUAAUUCAAGUAACAGUUUUCUUUGGGGAAAUCAUUGCGUCCUGAAGACCCAAAAUUGCACUGGAACUUGAUUGAGUAUGAGUGUGUGCUACAGCUUACCCUGAGGCUAAUGAAGAAAGCGGCUCUCAUCUUUGUCAAAAGACAAAUGAUUAGUCUAGGAGGAGAACCCACAGGAAGCAUUUGUCCAUGUCCAGACAGACCACGGUUCUGUGGCAAGCCCACAGGGACAAGCCAGUGGACUUCUUUGUCAGAGCUCUGCAAGUCAGGAAGUGCUGAAGACAAUCGCUGGAGAGCCUGCUGCCAGGAUCUCAUCGGACUUCAUAGGGUUGGGACUGAGGGUAACAAGGGGCGGGGGGUGUGAAAAAAGAACUGAGAGCUGGAGAAAAGAGACUUUGUCAGUCCACAGAUAAAAGUGGAAUGGAUGGGACUGAUCAACAAUGCACUUGGCCAGUGGGAAGAAUUAUUUUAAAAAAAAAACCUGAGUGUGAGCAAUUGUGCAUGUAGGUUUUUUAGUGGCUGCAGCCUGUCUUAAAAAGAUAGCAAGCCAUAAGUCCUCAUGUCAUCAGUACUUUAGGAAGAACUGUCAUUUUCUUUGGUGCCAGUAAAUACAGUUGCCAGAAAUUAGUCCUAGUAUCACUCAACCGUCUUUUUUUAAAUCCCAGUGCGCAUGCUUCAGGAAAACACAUGGAACAUUCAUACAGAACAAGUCAUAUAUUUUUUGGUUUUUUAAUCUUGACAUACUCUGGAUCCUCAGAAAUACAUAAACAGGAUUUGAAGGACAAAUAAUGUGACACUAUGAAUGCAAUGAAACGCUUUAUGUUUAGAAACACUCCUUGCUGUCUGUAGCUUGCCAUUCAAACCAGAGGGAUCAUUAUCUUUGUCAUCCAUGGCAGGCAGUAGUGACAAUUUUGACAUCAUGCUAGUGUGAAUCCAAAGUCAGAAUUGAAAUUAGGCACAGAAGUAUUUAUUAAUAGGCCUAAGCAGUGAUUACUAAUGUAACUUUUUACAUUUAAGGACUCUUGCACUGCUUUGAGGAAGAAUUCCUAGAUGAAUCAGUAUGUCUUCAGUUAGUGGUCCUUCAAAAGUAAAAGAAAGACCCUUGGAGUGUCUCCAGCCUGUUUCUGUUGAGUGUGAAGAGUGCUUCUUAGAUUCGUAAUUUUUUAUACUAUCUUGAAAUUGUACAUGUGAAUACAGUACUAUUAAAAUUAAGUGGUAUGGAGUGUGAAAGGCAAUACAUGUUUUUUCUAAGUUGGCCCAAAGGCCUAUUAAAAAGCCUGUGGCAUUGUUUACACUAAGAAAUUCUCUGUCUUAUAUUAGCACUUAUUUAUCCUUUGAAUUAGUGUACACAACAUUUCGGGGGGAGGGUCUGGAAUUCACAUAUGCAUACAUUUAAUGCAGUAUUACAAUAUAUUUGCUAUUUAUCCUUUCUAAUGUGUGUACAUAUUACAACUGAUUUUUGUCUUUUAUGUGUCCUGUUCAGUUUUUAAUUAUGAAGUGUAAGUAUUUCUUUUUCUGGCAAUAAAAGGUCUGUGUAGAUGUGAUUUUUACCUCA